CCCUGACGAGGUUGAUUCUCUCUCCUGCCGCUCCCUCUCUCAUCUCCUUUUCCUCUCUCUUUGAUUCCCCAUCGACGCCAUUGAAGCAACCUCCGAGGAAUUCGACUACCUCAGAUCUCGCAUCAGCAAACCCUAGAACUCUCAUGGACCGACCGAGCCCUGCGAUCUCAUCAGAACGUUGAGCUCGGAUAUUGAUGCGAGGGAAUAUGACUUUUGUCGUGAGUUUUGAUUUGCAUAGUCUGCAUCUUUUAUGAAUCCUGGUGGGGAAGGAUGAACAUAGUUAAGGGUGUUGCGGACCUUAUUCGAAGGACUUCUGGUGGCCAAACUGGAGAAUCUGGUUCAGGGUCUCAAGUGGAGAGGUUUUCUGCCCCUGCUCCCAAAAUCUGCUUCAGUGAAGUUGGUGAUGAGGCAUUUCUAAAAUCACUUUGGGAGAGAUACAAUAAUGCUGUUGAUAAGGUGGAAAAAAGAAAAUUGUUUCACAUUUUUCUUAAGCAAUUCCUUGUUGUAUUCAAGAACUGGGAGCCUGCUUAUUCUGGUCAGUUCCCAGAGGCUGCUUUGUCUACUAUCGCUGCUGUGGAUCAUGCAUCUCAUUUUGAUGAUAUAGUAUUUGGCUGUUCUGCUGGACAUCCUGCUGAAAUUAUUCUGGCGUUAACAGAAGAGGUUACAAAAUUAAUUGCUCUGGUCACUGAUUUUAAUAGCAGUGUUGUACAAUCAACAACAGGUUCAUCUGGCAUUCCCACUAGCUUGAAUAUCACCUUGGAAGGGUUUCCUGUCUUGGAAGCUUUGACAAUUGUAACCCGCUCAAUUCAUAACUGCAGAGUUUAUGGCUAUUAUGGUGGGAUUCAAAAGCUUACCGCAUUAAUGAAAGCGGCUGUUGUCCAACUCAAAACAAUUACUAGCACACUUCCUGCUGAUGAAACUCUAUCAACUUAUGCUGUAGAGAAGACCAGGAUUUUGCUGAAAGUACUUGUAUAUGUUGUGUCAAUAAUAUGUAGUUUCAUUGAUUUAAAUGCAACUGUAUACGAGAAGGUUCAGUUUUUCAGCAAUGCUGUGGAAUUUCCAGUUCCAGGGGGUGGUGCAUUUUCAGUUGGUCCUCCUUAUAAUUUGAAGGUUCCUCAUUGUGAAACAAGGCUUCAUUGGCAUCAAAAAGCUAUUGUGUCGGUGAUGGAAGCUGGUGGCCUUAAUUGGUUAGUAGAACUGUUGCGUGUCAUUAGAAGAUUGAGCAUGAAGGAAGAAUGGACAGAUUUAUCUCUUCAAUAUUUGACUUUGAGAACUCUUCGUUUAGCAUUAUAUGAAAAUCCACGGGGUCAAAAUCAUUUUAGAAGUAUUGGAGGACUUGAAGUUCUACUGGAUGGACUAGGGCUUCCAUCAAAUCAUGCAUUAACAUUGAAGAAUUCCUCAGUUUCCAACACAGAAAGAGACGAGAAUCCUUUGCUGCAGAUUUUCCAUCUCCACAUUCUUUCUCUGGAAGUUCUUAGGGAGUCUGUCUUUGGGAAUUUAAAUAACUUGCAGUUUCUAUGUGAAAAUGGAAGAGUACAUAAGUUUGCAAAUAGCUUUUGUUUGCCUGCUUUUAUGCUUCAGGAGUAUAAGCAGCUGGACAAGGACUUUUUAGCGAAGAAGGAUUUUCAAAUGCCUGUUUUUGAUUCUAAAAAGAAGAAUGAUUUAGAAUUUCAAAUAGCUGAGCUUUUGGUUAGACUUCCAGCCAACGGUUCUUAUUCUCAAUGUUGGAAUGAUUAUGCAGCAAACUUGAGCAGAGUCCUUUGUUCUUUCCUCCUCAUUCCAGAAGAAAGUAAAACUCAUGAUGUGCAAUUAUCAGCUGGUCGAGGUGGCAUGCCUAUUUCUUCGGUGUAUGGAGAACUUUCCAUAAAAUGGGUUAUGAGGGUUCUUCUCGUUGUGUUCCCAUGCAUUAAGGCUUGUUCAAGUCAAAAUGAGCUGCCAAAAAAUUUAAGGGCAUUUGUUAGUACUCUGCAGCAUUACGUUCUUUGUGCAUUCAGGAAGGUUCUUCUUUCAUCGCCUGUAUUAAUUGAGGUAUUUCGGGAGGAGGGCAUCUGGGACCUUUUUUUCUCCGAAAACUUUUUUUAUUUUCAGCCAGCUUUGGAGGAAUUCUCAGGAGAGGGUUGGUUACACAGUGUGGGUUCCCUGAGGAAAUCUGAAGUAUAUUCUACCUCUAGCUGCACUAGCAGCCAAGAAAAGGCUAGUGAGAUUGAAACUCUUCAAAUGGAAGUAAUUUCAUUUGUGGAAUUUGCUGCGACUUUUAACGGGAGUGCACACAACUUGCCUGAAUGUUCUGUUUUAUUAGAUGCCCUUGAGCAAUCUGCUUGUAGUCCUGAGAUUGCUGCCAUUGUUGCCAAGAGCCUGCUCUGUAUAUUACAGCUUUCAUCUGAGAAAACAAUUGCUUCUUUCAAGACACUUGAUGCUAUUCCUCGGGUGCUUACAGUUGCUUGCAUUCAAGCACGAGAGUCUAAAAGGGCUAGAAAAGUUGGUCCUUCGGGGGAGAGUAUUUAUGUGGAAUCAGUAUACCCUCAAUGUUUUCAAAGAUCUAGCUCAUUCGAGACAGGUUUUCAAAGAUCUAGCUCAACCAAGACAGCCCAAAGUUGGCUCAAAAGCAUGGAAACAUCCAUGGAGCUCUUUUCAGAAUAUUUCUCUUCCGCAGACGGAGCAAAAAGUCUUGUCCUACAUAGUUCUGUGUGCAUUGACUGUUUGUUUGAUUUAUUUUGGGAAGAAGGAUUGAGAAGUCAAGUGCUUACACAUAUUCUUGACCUAAUGAAGAUUGCACCAUUAUCUGAGGAAGACCAAAGGGCAAAGCUGCAGUUAUGUUCUAAGUACUUGGAGACAUUUACUCAAAUAAAGGAACGGGAAAAAUGUUUUGCUGAACUAUCGAUUGAUCUCUUGGUUGGCAUGAGAGAUAUUCUUCUAACUGAUCAAGUGUACUAUCAGGCAUUGUUUCGUGAUGGAGAAUGCUUUUUGCAUGUUGUCUCUUUAUUAAAUGGAAAUCUUGAUGUGGAGAAUGGAGAGAAGCUGGUUUUAAAUGUUCUUCAAACCCUGAUCAGUCUGCUUACAAGUAAUGAUGCCUCAAAGGAUGCUUUUAGAGCUCUUGUUGGCAAGGGCUAUCAGACUCUACAGAGUUUGCUAUUGGACUUCUGCCAAUCACAGCCAACGGAUCCACUUUUAAAUGCUUUGUUUGAUAUGCUUGUUGAUGGAAAAUUUGACAUCAAAGCGAACCCUGUAAUAAAGAAUGAAGAUGUAAUCAUACUUUAUCUGAGCGUUCUGCAGAAGAGCAGUGACUCUCUGCAGCAUCAUGGGCUCAAUGUGUUCCUACAUCUGCUUAAGGACUCUAUUUCCAACCGAGCAUCAUGUGUUAGAGCGGGAAUGCUUAAUUUUCUUCUUGAUUGGUUUUCUCAAGAAGAUAAUGAGAGUGUCAUUUUGAAAAUUGCUCAAUUAAUUCAGGUUACUGGUGGCCAUAGUAUAUCUGGAAAGGACAUUCGCAAAAUCUUUGCCCUUCUCCGAAGUGAGAAGGUUGGGGCUCGUCAGCAGUAUUGCUUAUUAUUGCUAACCAGUAUUUCAUCAAUGCUGAGUGAGAAGGGACCAACUGCUUUUUUUGAUCUCAAUGGGAUUAACUCUGGUAUUGCAAUCAAAACGCCCAUGCAGUGGCCUCUCAAUAAGGGAUUUUCUUUCUCAUGUUGGCUCAGGGUAGAAAACUUCCCUAGAAAUGGAACAAUGGGGCUCUUCAGUUUCCUGACAGAACAGGGAAAAGGGUGCUUGGCUGUGCUUGCCAGAGACAAGCUGAUUUACGAUUCUAUCAAUGUGAAACGCCAGUGUGUUUCACUGAAUGUGUUCCUUGUUAGAAAGAAAUGGCAGUAUCUCUGUAUUACUCACAGCAUUGGGAGAGCAUUUUCUGGGGGUAGCCUUUUGAGGUGUUAUGUGGAUGGCAAUCUUGUAUUGUCUGAAAAAUGCAGAUAUGCAAAAGUUAAUGAAUUGUUGACAAAUUGUUCAAUUGGGACAAAAAUAAAUACGCCUUUGCAUGAUGAUGAGAAUUGUCCAUACUCCAUCAAAGAUUCAUCUUCUUUUCUUGGUCAGAUUGGUCCUGUUUAUAUGUUUAGUGAUGCCCUUACUUCUGAGCAAAUACAAGGCAUCUAUUCCCUAGGACCAAGUUAUAUGUACUCCUUCCUUGAUAAUGAAAUUGCACUAACUUCUGAUAACCCCUUGCCUAGUGGGAUUCUAGAUGCUAAAGAUGGCCUUGCAUCUAAAAUUAUGUUUGGGCUCAACGCACAGGCGAGUGAUGGUAAGACUUUGUUCAAUGUUUCCCCGCUGUUGGAUCAUGCACUCAGUAAGAAUUCAUUUCAAGCUACUAUAAAGGUUGGGACACAGCUUUGUUCUCGACGAUUGCUGCAACAGAUAAUAUAUUGUGUUGGUGGUGUAUCUGUAUUCUUCCCCUUGUUCACUCAGUUUGAUGAGCUUGAGAAUGAAGAAAUCGGACAAUUUGGGCAUGCAUUGCUUGCACCUAUCACAAAAGAGCGUCUAACAGCUGAAGUUAUUGAGCUCAUAGCUUCUGUCUUAGAUGAGAAUUUAGCAAAUCAACAACAAAUGCAUCUUCUUUCUGGGUUCUUGAUACUGGGUUUCUUAUUGCAAUCAGUCCCACCUGUUCAACUUAAUUUGGAAACACUAUCUGCUUUGAAGCAGAUGUUUAAUGUUGUUGCAAAUUCUGGUUUAUCAGAGCUUCUUGUGAAAGAUGCUAUAUCCAGUAUAUUUCUUAAUCCUCUUGUGUGGGUCUACACUGUUUACAAGGUGCAACGCGAGCUUUACAUGUUUCUUAUCCAACAAUUUGAUAAUGAUCCAAGGUUGCUGAAAAGUUUGUGCCGGCUUCCCCGUGUUAUUGACAUAAUACGCCAAUUUUACUGGGAUAGUCCAAAAUCUCGAUCAGCUAUUGGAAUUAAACCUCUACUGCAUCCCAAAACUAAACAAGUUAUUGGGGAGAGACCUAGUAAAGAGGAAAUACGUAAAAUUCGUCUUCUUUUACUAAGCCUUGGUGAAAUGAGUCUUAGGCAGAACAUUACAGCAUCAGAUUUGAAGGCCCUCAUAGCUUUUUUUGAGACAAGUCAGGAUAUGACCUGCAUUGAGGAUGUUUUACAUAUGGUUAUCCGUGCUGUAUCUCAGAAGCCACUGCUUGCUGCUUUUCUGGAACAAGUUGAUCUGAUUGGUGGCUGUCAUAUUUUUGUCAAUCUUCUUCAGAGGGAAUAUGAACCUAUCAGACUGCUGAGCUUGCAGUUCCUAGGUAGACUUUUAGUUGGUCUUCCGUCUGAGAAGAAGGGCCCAAGAUUUUUCAAUAUUGCAGUUGGAAGAUCCAGAUCUCUUUCAGAAAGUCACAGAAAAAUCAGUUUAAGAAUGCAACUCAUUGUCUCUGCAAUGUCUGAUAGACUGUUCAGGUUUCCGCAGUCGGAGUAUCUGUGUGCCACAUUGUUUGAUGUUCUCCUUGGCGGUGCUAGUCCUAAACAGGUGUUGCAGAAACAUAACCAGGCUGAGAAGCAAAGAAGCAAGGGAAAUAACUCACAAUUCUUUCUUCCUCAGAUCUUGGUUCUUGUUUUCAGAUUUCUGUCUGGCUGCGAGGAUGCAUCUGCAAGAAUGAAAAUAAUUAGAGAUUUGCUCGAUCUUCUUGAUUCAAACCCUUCCAAUAUUGAAGCUUUAAUGGAAAAUGGAUGGAAUGCCUGGUUAAUGGCUUCUAUGAAGCUUGAGGUGUUGAAAAGCUACAGAAUAGAGUCACAAGUUCUGGGGGAGAGUGAGAUAAAUGAGCAACAUUUUGUGAGGACUUUGUACAGUGUUGUUCUUUGUCACUAUAUGCAUUCUGUUAAAGGUGGCUGGCAACAUUUAGAGGAGACAGUGAAUUACCUGAUUAUGCUCUGUGAACAAUUGAGGAAAUUUCUGCAGAGUGGCAUUCAGUAUCGACUUUUGUUCCGUGAUUUAUUCAUGGAUUUAGUUCAGAGGCUAGUAGACUUACCUUCCGAGGAUAACAUAUUUAUUACACAACCAUGUCGGGACAACACUUUAUACCUUCUAAGGCUGGUUGAUGAGAUGCUGGUCUCUGAAGUUGAUCAUAACCUUCCGUAUCCUGCAAGUACCUCAGAUUUUUCUCCUGAUUCUUUGGAGUUAGAUAGUCACAAGGAUCUUGGCUCUGCAUUAAUUGAGGCUUUGCAAGGAGAAUUUGAUGAUUCAAUAUUCAGGAAUCCAUGGGUUAGCAAACAAGCAGUCACUAAUAAAGAUGACCUAAUAACUGACGAGUGGUGGAGUUUAUAUGAUAAUCUGUGGAUUGUUAUUGGCGAGAUGAAUGGUAAGGGGCGGAGCAAGACAUUUCCUAAAUCUUCAUCAAUGAUGGGACCAUCCUUUGGACAAAGAGCACGUGGCUUGGUAGAAUCAUUGAAUAUCCCUGCUGCAGAAGUGGCUGCAGUUGUUGUAUCUGGAGGGAUUGGCAAUGCAUUGGGUGUAAAAUCAAAUAAAAAUGUUGAUAAGGCUAUGCUAUUGAGAGGGGAGAAAUGUCCGAGAAUUGUUUUUCGACUUGUCAUUAUGUAUCUCUGCAGAUCUUCACUAGAAAGAGCAUCACGAUGUGUCCAACAGAUCAUUUCACUUCUGCCGUGUCUUCUGGCAGCCGAUGAUGAGCAAAGCAAGGGCAGAUUACAGCUUUUCAUUUGGUCUUUGCUUGCUGCUAGGUCACAGUAUGGAAUGCUGGAUGAUGGUGCUCGAUUUCAUGUUAUAUCACACUUGCUUCGAGAAGCAGUAAGCUGUGGGAAAUCAAUUCUUGCUACCAGUAUUGCAGGCCGAGAUGAUUCAUCAGAUUCUGGUAGCAAUCGAAGAGAAACAGGAGCAAUUCAUAAUUUAAUUCAGAAGGAUCGAGUGCUUGCUGCGAUUGCUGAUGAGGCCAACUACGUAAAGACGUCAAAAGCUGACCGCACAAGGCAGUUGCAGGAGCUCCACGUAAGGAUGGAAGAAAACUAUUCCACAGAAUGUAAUCAAAAGAAAGCUUUAGAGGAUGAGAUACAGAGUAGCUUAAACACAAUUCUCGCAUUUGAUGAUAGCAGGAGAGCUGCAUUCCAGCUUGCUUAUGAUGAGGAGCAGCAAAUUGUUGCAGAAAAAUGGAUACACAUGUUUCGGACUCUCAUUGAUGAGCGAGGUCCAUGGUCAGCUAAUCCUUUUCCAAAUAGUGCUAUAAGACACUGGAAACUUGACAAGACAGAAGAUGCAUGGCGGCGCAGGCCAAAACUGAGACAAAAUUACCAUUUUGAUGAAAUGUUGUGUCACCCACCAUGCACCACAUCUAACAUUGAUGCUGUGCUUCCUGUAAAUGACAGCAAAUCCAGUUUUGGGGGCCAUAUUCCAGAGCAAAUGAAGCAGUUUCUGCUGAAGGGAGUUCGCAGGAUUACUGAUGUGGGAAACUCUGAACCCAAUGAAACUGAUGCUGAAAUAAGAGGGCAGGGCUCCAUUCCUGAUCCUCAAGAAAGUUCAUACCAAGAGGCAGAGAAAGAUACCAUUGACCAGAAGGACAUUGUUCAAGAUAGGAAUGAUUCUUCUUCCACUUCAUCUGAUGCAGAAACUAGUGAGGUUCUUGUGUCUGUUCCUUGUAUACUUGUAACACCUAAGAAAAAAUUGGCUGGACAUCUGGCAGUCAUGAAAAAUAUGUUGCAUUUCUUUGGUGAGUUUUUGGUUGAAGGAACUGGAGGAUCAUCUGUUUUUAAGAACUUUAGUGCUUCAAGCUGUUCAGAUUCAUCCAAGCCUGAUCAAUGUGGAGUUAGAAAGCAAAAAAUUAUUAGAUGGCCUCAAAAUUUUGGUUUGGAUUCCGAGAAAGGGAAUGCAAUUGAUAAUAUCGAUACUGCUCAUGAUAAUGUAUUUCUUAAGCAACAUAAAACUAUCAAGCGUCACCGAAGAUGGAAUAUAUGCAAGAUAAAGGCUGUUUAUUGGACUAGAUAUUUGCUUAGGUACACAGCAAUAGAAAUUUUUUCCAAUGACUCAGUUGCCCCUAUAUUUUUUAAUUUUGGAUCACAAAAAGUUGCAAAGGAUGUGGGAACCUUGAUAGUUGCCACCAGAAAUGAAUCGAUGCUUGUGAAGGGAAAUAACAAGGAUAAGAAUGGGGCAAUUUCUUUCGUUGAUAGACGUGUAGCAGUGGAGCUUGCGGAAGCUGCCAGAGAGAGCUGGAGGAGAAGGGAUAUGACGAACUUUGAGUACCUAAUGAUUCUUAAUACUCUUGCAGGCAGAUCUUACAAUGAUUUAACACAGUAUCCUGUCUUCCCAUGGGUAUUGGCUGAUUAUUCCUCUGAGAUUCUUGACUUCAACAAGUCUUCAACCUUUCGAGAUCUUUCAAAACCUGUUGGAGCAUUGGACUUGAAACGGUUUGAGGUUUUUGAGGAUCGAUACCGUAAUUUCAGUGAUCCUGACAUUCCCAGUUUCUACUAUGGUUCCCAUUACUCAAGCAUGGGGAUUGUGCUCUUUUACCUUCUUAGGCUAGAACCAUUUACCGCUCUUCACCGUAAUUUACAGGGUGGUAAAUUUGAUCAUGCAGAUCGUCUUUUUCAAAGCAUCGAGGGCACAUACCGAAACUGCCUUUCAAAUACAAGUGAUGUGAAGGAGCUAAUACCAGAAUUUUUUUACAUGCCAGAGUUUCUUAUUAAUUCAAACUCUUAUCAUUUGGGAGUAAAACAAGAUGGUGAACCUAUAGGUGAUAUUUCUUUACCCCCUUGGGCCAAGGGCUCCCCUGAAGAAUUUAUAAACAAAAAUCGUGAGGCCCUUGAAAGUGAAUAUGUUAGCUCAAAUCUCCAUCAUUGGAUUGAUUUAGUGUUUGGUUACAAGCAGCGCGGAAAACCAGCUGUGGAGGCGGCAAACAUUUUUUAUUAUUUGACUUAUGAAGGUGCUGUGGAUCUGGACACCAUGGAGGAUGAACUCCAAAGAUCAGCCAUUGAAGACCAGAUUGCAAAUUUUGGCCAGACACCAAUCCAGAUCUUUCGCAAGAAACACCCUAGAAGAGGGCCUCCGAUUCCUAUUGCUCACCCAUUGCACUUUGCUCCUGGUUCUAUUAAUUUGACUUCUGCCAUUUCUAGUACAACUUUUCCUCCAUCAGCUGUCUUAUAUGUUGGUAUAGUGGACUCGAAUAUUGUCAUUGUGAACCAGGGGCUCACCAUGUCAGUGAAGAUGUGGUUGACAACACAACUGCAGUCUGGUGGAAAUUUUACAUUCUCUGGCUCACAGGACCCUUUUUUCGGAAUUGGUUCUGAUAUUCUUUCUCCUCGUAAAAUUGGGAGUCCAUUGGCAGAAAAUAUUGAACUUGGAACUCCAUGCUUUGCAACAAUGCAGACAGCAUCUGAAAAUUUUUUGAUCUCAUGUGGCAAUUGGGAAAAUAGUUUUCAGGUUAUAUCCCUAAAUGAUGGAAGAAUUGUGCAGAGCAUUCGACAGCACAAAGAUGUGGUUAGCUGUGUUGCAGUUACUUCUGAUGGAAGCAUUCUUGCUACUGGAAGUUAUGACACAACAGUCAUGGUGUGGGAGGUUUCUCAUAUGAGAGUCUCAGAGAAGAAAAUACGGAAUUCACAAACAGAGAUGCCCCGAAAAGACUAUGUCAUUGUUGAAACACCCUUCCGUAUUCUUUGUGGGCAUGAUGAUAUAAUUACAUGCUUAUAUGUUAGCAUGGAGCUUGAUAUAGUUAUCAGUGGGUCAAAAGAUGGAACUUGUGUUUUCCAUACCCUGCGUGAGGGUAGGUAUGUAAGGUCCCUUCAGCAUCCAUCUGGUAGCGCAUUGUCAAAGCUUGUUGCAUCUCAGCAUGGGCGGAUUGUGUUUUAUGCUGAUGGUGACCUCAGCCUGCACCUGUAUUCAAUUAAUGGAAAACACAUUGCCACUUCUGAAUCUAACGGGCGCCUGAACUGUGUUGAACUAAGCAGCUGUGGUGAAUACUUGGUUUGUGCAGGUGAUCAAGGGCAGAUAAUUGUGCGGUCUAUGAACUCACUUGAGGUUGUGAAAAGGUACAAUGGAGUUGGAAAGAUAAUAACAUCUCUACAGGUGACCCCUGAAGAAUGCUUCUUAGCAGGAACCAAGGAUGGAAACCUUCUUGUGUAUUCUAUAGAAAAUCUACAACUUCGGAAGGCUAGCCUUCCUCGAAAUGUAAAGCAUAAGGCUUCUGCAACCGGAUAGAUCUUUGCUUUAGGACUGCAGUUAGGGAGUGUACAUUAUUAGCACUGACCAGUGAUGUCCAUCUGAGGAUAAUUACUGGACAUGCUGUCAUGCCCUUUUUGGAGGAUAGUCAGAGCCAUAGGACCCUUUGUCCAUCCAGGUUCAUGUUCUGCACAUGCAGAUUCCAAAACACAGGACCCCCACCAUCGAGGCAUCCAAUUUUAUUGCACCACAUGCAUAUUUUGAAUAAUUUGCCUGAUGCCUAUUUUUCUGCAAAAAUCAUGCUGAUGGGUCCGAUCUUGCGUAUACAAAUUUGAUCAUCUCCUCGCCAUCUUUGAAGAGGUGCUGUAGCAGCAUUCGUGUCUUAACUCAUUCAUGUACAUUAUUUCCUUUCGACUGUAAAUUGGAAAUGUUGUGUAAUAGCAAUAGUGGUCUUUUAGCGCAUAUUCUUUCCAUAUAGCCAGUGUUAGCCCCCAUAUAAAUUUGUAUAGAUAUAAACACUGCCUCUCCGAAAGUAAAUAAAAAAAAAAAUCAUUUUUGGUCAA